AUGUCAAGCGCAGCCCGGCUGACAUCACGGAACCUCUUCGACACCGUCUUUUCAACAAUCCCGGCCGAUGUCGUACUCGACACAGGACCAGAGACGCUGAGGGAAAAAUGUGCGCGGAUGGCAAGCGGACGCACUGCUGCUGCCGCGGCUGUUGAGGACAACGACAACAACGGCGAGAGCGGCGUGGGGACGGCUACGGUGGCGGCGGAGGGAUUUUUUUUGGAGUCCUCCGGUGCACCGAUGAGCAACACCGGCGUCAUAGAUGUGAGUGCGAUGAUGCGCCGUGCGGCUGAGGCAACGGAGAUGGAGGAGGUGGCAGCGCCACCGGGCGACGGGUCCCUGCGGCACGUUUUUGAUCUACAGCUGGACGCCGACGAUGAGGCGGUGCGGGAGGCGACAAAGUACGCUGCCCUCCUCGUGGCGAACGAAGAGGGUGAGGCAGAGGAAACCGCGAAGGCAGAGUACAGAAACAAGGGAAAGGGAGCAGGGGUGGGGAACAACCGUGAGGCUUCGCGUGCAGGUCACUCAAGUCAGCGUCAAAAACAGCAGCAACGGGACAUGGCAGAUGCGUCUCGGCGCCUGGCCCUAACAGCCGAGGAGCAAAUGGCUAUCAUGCGUCCAGAGGAGGGGAUCCGACACGAGGGUCGCUGCGUGCUUUUUCGCCAUUGCAAGGGAUUUGGCUUUAUUGCCCCGGAAGUGGGUGGUCCAGACGUCUACUUUACCCGCGACAACGUGGAGUACUUCUUUACGCGCCGUGUCUUGGAGGCGUAUUAUUGUGGGAACCUUCCGGCCGUUCUGAAACCGAAAGACGCCUCCCGAGGGACUGGCGGGGGUGAUCGCAGGGCGAAUAGGGCCACGGCCUCCGUACUGGGGGCCUCUUCCGACACCACAACCACAAGUGCUUCGGCCAGUCACAACACGACUUCUCAGUCGGCAGCAGAGGAGGCUGGGAAGGCCAAGACAGAGGCCAACACAAAGGGUACCACGGAGGUGGGUGACGCAGGCGAUAGGCACAAUGCGGAAAAUAAACCGAACGACACAAAGAGCACGACUUCUAAGGCUGUUGACGACGGCGAUGCCAGAACCCAGAGUCUAGUGCAGCAGGCAGCUGCACUCCUCACGCCGGAGGCGGCGCGGUUGUUGUUGUUGUUUCUACAAGUUGGGAAACCCAUCGUGUCGAUGUCAGAGACCGUGACGUUUACUACGCGGUGGAACCGCGCGGGGAACCAAGCGAGUCGUCGGUUACGGGCAGACGAACUUCGUGGCUUGCCUGCUAACGGAUACGCAUUAAUGGUGGAGCAGGCAUGGUUCGAGCGUCUCUUCCCUCGCGCCUCCGGUCGUCGCACAGAAGAGCGGGGUCGUGGCACCACAUCAGGCGGCACCGACGAGUGCCUGGCACGUCGUUGCGGGACGAUUCGCAUGUACGAUGCGGAUGAACUUCGCGGUGUCAUUCGCUCUGAGGAAGAUGAUAUGUCAGGCGUACUGUUUUACAGUGACGCGUUUCUCUGGGACCCAUCGAUGGAUCCGGCGCGCUGCCGACCUUCCGUGGGCCUCAUCGUACGCUACUCUGUCGCCGGCCGCGAUCGGUACGGCAAAGAAGUCGCCUCACUCAUCACUACCACAGACGACAGCGCAAUUAGCGAGGCAAACGCGGAAUGGGCGACCGACCGCGGUGCGGAGGAUCAUGAGCGAAGAAAACAAGGCAGGAGUGGUAAUGUGCUUGGCAGCGGUAGUGGCUCUGGUGCUGGAGGAGGCGGCAGUACCCGCGAGGCGGAAACCGCAGGGCGAAAGCGUCGGCGUGACGAGGAGCUCUUGCUGCUGGAGGAGGACGACUAUGGCUUCAUGUGA